CCACCAGAAUGAGAAUGGGAUUUCAAAUUUCCAAUUCCGCCCAAUCAAACAAUCGGAAUGGAGCCAAACAGAUUGGAUAAGGUCUCAACUUCAAGACAGACGGAGAAGGAACCGAUACACUUGUAUCUGCAGUGAAAGAAGAUGAUUGGUGGAAUAAAUCUGUUAUGCAUGCAAGGAAAAACUAGUAAUUUCAGUAAGCAGGUUCGUUAUACAUGGAGAGAGAGGGAGAGGGAGAGGGAAUGAGAAGCGCGUGCAGAAUAACACGCAGCAAGUGUGCAGCAGCUCACACUCAAAUAAUGCAUCUUCUGCAUCUAUUUAGUGAACCCAACUUCUCACUCCACACGCACAGCAAACAAACACCUUCAGUCUCGUUCAGCUGGAGACACCAUGACUGCUCUUCCCAUCCUGUUUCUCAUUUUGUUUACCUUAUCCUCUGUUUUAGCCCAAGACUCUGGUUCUUCCACAUCAGGCCCCGACAUGGCGGAAUGUGGGUCUCAUCUGCUACAGCUCGCCCCUUGUGCACCGUUCGUGCAGGGAUCGGCCGCUUCACCAGUGCAGUCUUGUUGUGCCAACCUCAUUGGCUUCUAUAAUCAACAACCCAGCUGCUUCUGCGUCUUGCUCAAUGACACUACCAUGAGCUCUUUCCCUGUUAACAAGACGCUUGUUCUGCAGCUGCCCGACCUUUGCAACUUCCAGGUCAACUUCUCUUCCUGCCCAGGGUUUACUGUGCCUUCCAGCCCGCCUCAGUCUCAAGUUUCUCGUGGAACAAACUCAUCAAAUUCUUCAACUGUUGCUGAUUCUCCGACGAUUUCAUUGCCACCAAGGUCGAACAACACCGUAUCUGGGUUUGUACGGAAUAGUGGAACAAAGUCGAAGGCUGGAGGAGAUUCAGUUGUAUUGGCUGCCACAGCUUUUCUGUUGAUGGAAGUUCUGAGUUACUUCUCAUUAGAGUGGUCUUUUGAUUAGAAUAUAGAAAUUUGGAAUGAUUCUUGGCACAGAUAUAUACCAAGAACAGACAAGGUGCAUGAUUGGUUGAGGUGGUAUUACUAUGGAUUUCCAAUAUUGAAAUAAUAUACAUUUCUUAGGAUCGUUUGGAUUGGUAGA